AUGAACACCCCCAUAACUACCACCAGCCUCUCCUUUUAUCUCUUUCACUUGUGCCAGUGUUCACCUUCUUCUACGUGUCACCUGUACCAGUCUUCUCCCUUCUCCCCUCACCUGUACCAGUCUUCACCCUUCUCCCCUCACCUGUACCAGUCUUCACCCUUCUCCCCUCACCUGUACCAGUCUUCUCCCUUCUCCCCUCACCUGUACCAGUCUUCUCCCUUCUCUCCUCACCUGUACCAGUCUUCACCCUUCCCCCCUCACCUGUACCAGUCUUCUCCCUUCUCCCCUCACCUGUACCAGUCUUCUCCCUUCUCCCCUCACCUGUACCAGUCUUCUCCCUUCUCCCCUCACCUGUACCAGUCUUCUCCCUUCUCCCCUCACCUGUACCAGUCUUCAUCCUUCUCCCCUCACCUGUACCAGUCUUCUCCCUUCUCCCCUCACCUGUACCAGUCUUCACCCUUCUCCCCUCACCUGUACCAGUCUUCACCCUUCUCCCCUCACCUGUACCAGUCUUCUCCCUUCUCCCCUCACCUGUACCAGUCUUCUCCCUUCUCUCCUCACCUGUACCAGUCUUCACCCUUCCCCCCUCACCUGUACCAGUCUUCUCCCUUCUCCCCUCACCUGUACCAGUCUUCUCCCUUCUCCCCUCACCUGUACCAGUCUUCUCCCUUCUCCCCUCACCUGUACCAGUCUUCUCCCUUCUCCCCUCACCUGUACCAGUCUUCACCCUUCUCCCCUCACCUGUACCAGUCUUCACCUUUCUCCCCUCACCUGUACCAGUCUUCAUCCUUCUCCCAUCACCUGUACCAGUCUUCAUCCUUCUCCCCUCACCUGUACCAGUCUUCAUCCUUCUCCCCUCACCUGUACCAGUCUUCUCCCUUCUCCCCUCACCUGUACCAGUCUUCAUCCUUCUCCCCUCACCUGUACCAGUCUUCACCCUUCUCCCCUCACCUGUACCAGUCUUCAUCCUUCUCCCCUCACCUGUACCAGUCUUCACCCUUCUCCCCUCACCUGUACCAGUCUUCAUCCUUCUCCCCUCACCUGUACCAGUCUUCACCCUUCUCCCCUCAUCUGCACCAAUCUUCAUCCUUCUCCCCUCAUCUGUACCAGUCUUCUCCCUUCUCCCCCUCACCUGUACCAGUCUUCAUCCUUCUCCCCUCACCUGUAUCAGUCUUCUCCCUUCUCCCCUCACCUGUACCAGUCUUCACCCUUUUCCCCUCACCUGUACCAGUCUUCACCCUUCUGCCCUCACCUGUAACAGUCUUCUCCCAUCUCCCCUCACCUGUACCAGUCUUCAUCCUUCUUCCCUCACCUGUACCAGUCUUCUCCCUUCUCCCCUCACCUGUACCAGUCUUCAUCCUUCUCCCCUCACCUGUACCAGUCUUCUCCCUUCUCCCCUCACCUGUACCAGUCUUCUCCCUUCUCCCCUCACCUGUACCAGUCUUCAUCCUUCUCCCCUCACCUGUACCAGUCUUCAUCCUUCUCCCCUCACCUGUACCAGUCUUCUCUUUCUCCCCUCACCUGUACCAGUCUUCACCCUUCUCCCCUCACCUGUACAGUAUUCAUCCUUCUCCCCUCACCUGUACCAGUCUUCUCCCAUCUCCCCUCACCUUUACCAGUCUUCACCCUUCUCCCCUCACCUGUACCAGUCUUCUCCCUUCUCCCCUCACCUGUACCAGUCUUCUCCCUUCUCCCCUCACCUGUACCAGUCUUCACCUUUCUCCCCUCACCUGUACCAGUCUUCUCUUUCUCCCCUCACCUGUACCAGUCUUCUCCCUUCUCCCCUCACCUGUACCAGUCUUCUCCCUUCUCCCCUCACCUGUAACAGUCUUCACCUUUCCCCCCUCACCUGUACCACUCUUCUUCCAUGUCCCCUCAUCUGUACCUGUCUUCAUCCUUCUCCCCUCACCUGUAUCAGUCUUCACCCUUCUCCCCUCACCUGUACCAGUCUUCUCUUUCUCCCCUCACCUGUACCAGUCUUCUCCCUUCUCCCCUCACCUGUACCAGUCUUCUCCCUUCUCCCCUCACCUGUAA